CAGAGAAUAGCAACCUAGAAGAAUGGAGAAGCAGAGAAAUGGAUAACUACAGUGGUUUUGAAAAGGAUAUUUAUGUGGAAAUAAAGAUUUUAAAUAAACUCCGCAGAGUGUGUGCGGAUUCAAGGGCUGUUGUUUCAAGAGAGAAAGCUGUUUCAGAGAGAGCUGAUUCGGAUUCGAGAGCUGAUUCGAGAGCUUCUAAAUAG